UCCUUAAUUAGAAACCAAAUAUCUCUACAAAAGUGAUAACGAUAAUGGUGGAUAUAAAUGUCAAAGGCGCCGAGUUCGUCUAGAAACACACCAUGAAGCUUGCAAUUUUGUUGGUUAUUUGCACUGUCGUCGUCUGCACCUCGGCGAACUUUGUUUGCAAGGUUGGCGUUCCCUACAAGCAGAACGAGUGCAACGACUGCGUUUGCGAUACGUCCGGAACGCUGGGUUGCACCGACAAGCAUUGCUCUGGAACACCAACCACUUUGGUACAUUGUUCCGUUGGAGAGACCCACUUGAAGAACUGCAACACUUGCUGGUGCGUGAAGGAUUACGGAACAGUUUGCACUAAUAAAAAAUGCUAAAUCUGUAUUCCAAUAAAUUGUUUUUAGGUCUAUA